AUUUAAUUGUAGCGUAAUGACCUGAAUACACCGUCAAUGACCUGAAGUAACGAGAUCCUCGCAGUGUUCUAUGUUAUCAUCAAUUAUUCUAAACUACAAGAAUGCAGUUGGUAUACAAGUUCGGUUUUCACAGACAAGUGUUAGAGAUAGAUGAGGGGGAUGAUAAUAUACGCAUCAAAAUAUUCAACUCAAUACUGCAGAAGUUUGGUGACCAGGGAUACUCACUACCUCAGCUCUGCUUCUUCAGACAUAAUGAACUUGACUCUGAGUACAAGUUACAAGUUGUGGGAGAGGAGGACCGCUUCUUACCUGGGGAUAUCAUCGAGAUCGUCAUCAGCGCCUCCGCGGAGCCUGCCAAGAAGGAUUAUCUUCAACACGACCUAGCGGUCAAGUCUUACAGGCUACCUGCAUUCUGUGACCGGUGUGGCCAGAUGCUAAUGGGGCUCGUCAAGCAGGGACUCCAGUGCAAACGGUGUACGCGUAACUACCACAAGCGCUGUGUCUACCUACUGAGAGAAUGUACGCCAAAGUCUCCGGAGGAUCAUGAAAGUGGGAGCGACAACUUCUCCAGCUCCGAGAGUCUUGUCCAGCAGUCAGCAGAUUCAGGGUCCGCAGUGUCCGGCAGCAUGAGCAUGUCGGUGCCCCACCACUGGGUGGUUCACUCCUACAGAUUACCUACUGUCUGUCAGUUCUGUAGCAAGCUGUUGAUGGGUCUGAUACGACAAGGAGUACGAUGUAAAGACUGUAAGUACAAUGCUCACAGAGACUGCUCCAAGAAGAUAGGAGACAACUGUCAAGGCGACAUGCUGUACAUAUUCACUAACUCAGAAACCAAUGCGUCGACGAUUGUGAACGAUUUCAGGAAUAGGUCGGACAGUAAACAGUGCGGUGAUAUCGUGUGUGGGCGAAGUGUGUUUUAUGGUAACAGUCUGGUUACCCAAGAUGACCCCUUCUCAAACCAAACUGAUGAGGAGCCCGCGGAGGCCACCAAGGAGCCGUUUAUCUCGACGGUUUCUUUCCGUGGUCCUGAGGAACACGAGGCGGCGGGAUCACAUUACAGCAACAGCUCGUCUGCAGUGGAGCGCGAGGACCUGGAGCGAGCGAUGAGCAGUAUGACCCUCAAGAGCAAAACAAGUGUUAACAGCAAUAGUACGUUGGAGGAUCUGGAAGAGCAUCCAGAACACGGAGACGAGAGUGGAGAAGCGGGCCCGCUCAGCGAGCAGAUGAUUCCUGUACAGAGACUGUGCGUCAGUAUUCGGCGCACGCAUCGCCGUGAGAGUAAAAUGAUAAAACAGGGAUGGAUGAAUGUCAAGUUCGAUCUUUCUGAGAAACUGGGUGGAAACCAGCUCCCGGUAUUCGCAGUACUGAGUUCUAAAAACAUAACUUUCUACGAGUCUGAGAGUCCAGAAACCCACUAUUUGAAGGAUCUCGCACUGAAUGAUAUUCACUUCCUCGAGGUGGAGAGCACGACGACUAACGGAGCUCUUUUUGAUAUCCACACAAACCACGGCCUCAUCAGCGUCUUCCCACAUGUACUCAAAGUCGAUGGUGCGGAUGAGAACUCUGUGGUUGAAAUUAAGACCGAUCAAAACUGGUCUGACGCCAUAGUUCAAGCUAUGAUGCCGGCUUACAAUAAAGAGGAGAGAAAACACAGAUGUGGCUCUGUCAAACGUUCCACCGGUUCAUCAUACUCAGGAAGCAGAAAGAAGAAAGCAGUCGAGCAGAUGUCCUUCCCGACAAUAGAUAAACGGGACAUAAGCGAAGUGUUCCAGAUAUUUAUUGAUGACAUGGUGGGCAGCGGACAGUUUGGAGCAGUGUACGGUGCUAUCCAUCGACAGACCGGUCGCAAAGCAGCUGUUAAAAUAAUCAAAAAAGAACAGUUCGGACAACAGAGACGGAAUAUUGAAAACGAAGUUAAAAUCCUGAAGCGCGCUACAUUUCCUUGCGUGGUUGAGAUGUUGAACACAUUCGAAACAGAUGGUAAACUGUUUGUCGUGAUGGAGAGGAUGCACAGUGAUAUGUUGGAGAUGAUCCUCAACUCCUCACAAGGACGGUUGGAUGAGAGGAGCACUGCACUUCUUAUGGUUCAGGUGAUGUUCGCGCUGAAGUAUCUGCACUCCUUAGCAAUAGUUCACUGCGACCUGAAACCAGAAAACGUUCUCCUAGCCGAACCUCACUCUAUGCCCCUCGUCAAAUUGUGUGAUUUCGGUUACGCUAGAAUCAUCGAUGUUAACCAGUUUAGACAAAGCAUGGUCGGUACUCCCGCUUACUUAGCCCCAGAAGUUAUUUCCCACUGUAACUGGGACCGCAAUAUCGACGUGUGGGCGGCGGGCGUAGUCAUGUACGUCACCCUCAGCGGCACAUUUCCCUUCAACGAGGACGAGGACAUCUGCGACCAGAUCAACAACGCCAGUUUCAUGUAUCCCAGUAACCCCUGGAAACAGAUUACCACGGAUGCUGUCGACCUGCUAAAUCACAUGUUGGUGGUAAAACCACACGAUCGAUUUGAUGUCCACAAAACCUUAUCUCACAGAUUCCUGUCAAACAGUUCUUGUCUCACUGACCUUACCGCCUUAGAGGCCAGACACGGCGUUUCAAUUACUAAUUAAUCAUCUAGAUUGCUAAUUGAUCAAUUAAAUCGCUAAUUGAUCGAUUAAGUAAUUAACACACGUCAAUCAACCUUCAAUACACUCAAUGACUGUUUGCGCCGCUUAUUUUAUUCAAGUGAACCAGGAACUGUGCCCGUUUAUUAUGACCCAGGUAUGAAGGUAUCACGUGAAGUUAGCACGUGAUUAGUUUUUGGUCGUCACUGUUGUCAGAUUCUUACGCUGUGGUGUUUGACACUAUAAGUUCAACAGUGUAAUGAAUAGAUAUUCGCCGCGCCAAUUUAUUUUUACAGUUUCUUUUUACCGGAGCAAGUGUUUGUUGUCACCUAGCCCGUCCCAGUGAACCCUUUAGGAGUAUAUUAAUUAAUUAAUUGAUAAUUGCAUUAUUUGAAUCUGUCUGAAGACUGAGGUAUAUUAUCGUUAACUAUAAUCUGCGGGUAUUGGUAAUGAAUCGUCUUUAGAUAAAUAUGUGAAUAUACCUAUCGUUUUAUUUCUGGAUUUUUCAGCGAUAUGUUUGAAUUAUUGUUUUGUCAGUGAAAGAAAGUGAAAGUAUAAUAUGCGUUUUUAGCAUAUGUGAAUUUUUAGCAUAUAUUGACGGAUGUGAAGGAAUAUGUGUUGACGGGAUGAGUUUAAUUAGUUAAUUAAUGAUUAAUACGAGGAAGUGUGGAAAAUUUUUUUCUAAAUUUUUAGUAGCUUCAAGUAAUAUCCCUAUUUACAUUACAUCCUCAACGUCUUGACUUUUAGUAGAACUUGCUCAUAUGCAAUAACUUUUGAGCAAAUGUGAAUUGAUUUACCCUCCUCAAAAAAUAUUUUUAUAGAAGUAGAUAUCACAGUGGAUAACAUCGAAUGGUAUGAGUUUUUCGUUUUCCAUCAUUUUGCACGAUGUUUUAAACUUAAUAAAUUAAUAGAUAGACUUAUAGUUAUUGAUGGGCAAUAAACUCAUGUUUGUUAUGUUCGAUAUGCUGUGCUAGAUAGACCAGUAGAUGUUUUUGGUAGAUCUCAGAACCGCUUCUUUUAUUUCCAUAAAUCUCAAUUUAGUUAUUGACCAUUAAGUUUUUUGCAAGGAUUACCGUGUUGGUGUAGUAGCAUAUUUUUUGCGCGAUAUGUUUCAGCAUUUUGUUUCACAAUACCGUCUUAUAUUUGUGAGAAUUAUGUAUAUAUUUGACUAUCAUACAAUUUC